UGUGGACGCGGAAAUGCGCUUCCGGUGCUUUGCUUGCAAGUGAGGGCUGCCGUCCCCGCAGGUGCGCCGGGUCGAAUUCCACGGCGAUUGCCCUUCGCAUCCUGGGGCCCCGCCUCCGGGCGCCGCUGAGCGGGAGGCGGGCCGAGUGCAUAUCCCGAGGGGAGACCGUUCCCGGACCGCUGGCCCUUAACCUGGCGAGAAGACUAACGGCGGGAAGUCAGCCACUGGCCUAGCCAAUAUGAAGAUUUUCCUUGUAGAGCCGGCCAUUUGCCUCAGUGCCUUUGCCCUGACUUUGAUCACCCCCCUGACAACACAGUAUGUGUACAGGAGAAUAUGGGAAGAAACAGGCAACUACAGCAUUGCACCUGAGAGCAAUAUUUCUGAGUGUGAAAAAAACAAAAGCAGCCCGAUUUUUGCAUUCCAGGAGGAAGUUCAGAAAAAAGUGUCUCUUUUUAAUCUGCAGAUGGACAUAAGUGGGUUAAUUCCUGGUCUAGUGUCCACGUUCAUACUUCUGUCCCACAGUGAUCAUCAUGGACGAAAAUUCCCUUUGAUUUUGACUUCUGCUGGCGCUCUUGUGACCAGUGCCUGGCUCUGUUUGCUUUCCUAUUUCACCUUUCCAUUCCAGCUUUUGAUUGCAUCUACCUUCAUUGGGGCACUUUUUGGCAACUCUACCACAUUUUUGGGUGCCAGUUUCGCCUACAUAGUUGAUCAAUGUAAAGAAGAAAAACAAAGAACAAUUCGAAUAGCUAUCAUUGACUUCAUACUUGGACUUGUUACUGGAUUAACAGGACUGUCUUCUGGCUAUUUUAUUAGAGAACUGGGUUUUGUGUGGUCCUUUUUCAUUAUUACUAUGGCUCAUACUGUUAACUUGAUUUAUAUUUUAUUUUUUCUUGGUGAUUCACUGGAGGAGUCCUUAUCUCAGAAUGUUUCCAUAUCAUGUAGUGAAAGCUUUAAAAACCUAUUUUACCGAACUUACAUGCUUUUUAAAAAUGCUUACAGUGGACAGCGGUCUUUGCUCUGUUUGUUACUUUUCACAAUGAUCACUUAUUUUUUUGUGAUAAUUGGCAUUUCCCCCAUUUUUAUCCUCUAUGAAUUGAAUUCACCACUCUGCUGGAAUGAAGUUCUUAUAGGUUAUGGGUCAGCUUUGGGUAGUAUCUCUUUUUUGAGUAGUUUCCUAGGAAUAUGGUUUUUUUCUUACUGUAUGGAAGAUAUCUACAUGGCCUUCAUUGGAAUUUUUACCACCAUGGUGGGAAUGGCUAUGACUGCUUUUGCCAAAACAACAUUGAUGAUGCUUUUAGUCAGGCUGCUCUUCCUCUUCACUAUUGUGCCGCUUUCUGUUCUACGGUCUAUGAUGUCAAAAGUGGUUCAUUCUACUGAACAAGGGACUCUGUUUGCUUGUAUUGCGUUCUUUGAAACACUUGGUGGAGUCAUUGCAGUUUCUACUUUUAAUGGAAUUUAUUCAGCAACUGUUGCAUGGUACACAGGCUUCACCUUUCUGCUGUCUGCUGGUCUAUUACUAAUUCCAGUGAUCAGUCUAUGUAUUGUCAAGUGUAGCAGCUGGAACAAGAGAAGCAAUGAACUUCUUAUCCAGGAAGAUGCCAGUGAAGACACAUCAGACCCAUGAUUCAUUGUGAUUUCAAAGCAAUGCUCAUGCCAUGCACUCUGACUCGGGAGGCGUACCACCCAGCUCAGUCAGUGCUUCAGGGACAGUCAGUGGUUAUGUCUUGUUUCUGGCCCGAGCAAGGAGAGGAGCCACACUCCAGCGCCUGGAGGUCCGCGCACUUCGAGCACUUUAUGAACAUCGUGUGAUGUGUUUCCGGUACAGAGAAAAAAUCUCAAAACACUUGCCCUUUUGGGAUUUACAAAAGAAACUGAAACUUAACGGUAUCAGGAGGGAUUAAGACACUUGAUAUGAUCAAAUACAAUAACCUCCCUGGCAUACUCCAGUCUCUCACACUGAAACCUCCGUUUCUUUAUAAAACAGCUUUCUGACCUCUCUAGGAUUUUGAAGGACAACUGGCAAAAAUUAUGAUGAAUCAUUCAAUGGAAAAAUAAUAAUAGAAGUUUUAAAUAUUUAUAAUUUUACCUCUAAUUAGGUAGUGCUUUGUUUUAUAGAGCCCAUCAAGGUACUAUUGAUAGUAAAAGCUUUUAACAGGUGCAAAAUCCUUAAAAUAGAAGCUCUUGAAAGAAUACAUUGUUUUCAUUUUUCCUAAUAUGUUUCAUCCGUGACAGGUAUGAUAAUAUUUCUAUAUGCAACAAAGGGUAAUUAGAAAAAUCAGAUUAUAAAUAAAAUUGCUUCUAAAGAAAUGUAAAAACUGAAUAGUCAAUCGGUCAGUAAAGUGAUAUUAUAGCACCAGUCUUCAUUCCUUAUUUCUGUCAAAGGGUAUCCAUUUCUUACUGGCCCACACCCAUCCCAGGCCUGGACCCUGAAAGCACCACAUGCUUUCAUCCUUUACACGCUGUUCCAUUUGCCCUCCCUCCCUGGUGACACUGAAACUUCUAAGUCUCAGCAAAAUGUUGCUUCCUUUGUGAAGCCUUGACAUUUUCCCUGUGUCCACCCUGGUCCGGCCCCACUGUCCCGCAGAGCCCACAGCUCUGUGUCUCCUUCCAUCCUAGCAUUUUCCAGGGCUUUGUAAUGUUUGUUUCCCCUACCAGACAAGGAGCAUCUUGAGGGGAGAUACAGUCUGAUACCUUAUUAUAUCCUCAAUAAAUGUUUGUUGAACCAAAUA